AAAAGGAAAUAAUUAUAAGCGCUGCUAAAACCCUCCUUUUCUGCAGCUGCUGCUGCUGUUUUUUUUCUUUUUCCCUUCAACAAUGGAUAUUCAAAGGUUUUCUUCAGCCUUGUCUACUCUCUGUCGUUGGUAAGAAGAAAUCUCGAGGAGGAAGAAAUGCUUCUUUUACCUCAGCGGAAACUAUUAUUUAGCCCUCAUUCGAAUAGUACCAGAAGAAUUAUUUUCAUGGGCUCCAAGAAUUUUCUGCUCCUCAAAUUCUCCCCUACUCCUGUAACGCAUGCUCACAUUCAUUCGCUCGACUCUCGUUCCUGCUAUUCGCAAAUCCACUUUUUCCGUUCAAGAAGUAAUAGGAAAAACCCACUGUUAUUCCCUUCUCCGAAGCACUUUUCUCCAAUUUAUCAGCAGAGGUCAUCCGGCUAUAGUUUUACACCCAGUGCCGCUAUCCCUAUUCCCAGACCCAUUGCUGGUGUCGAGACUCUGGAGAAGCAAUCGGUAGAUAAGAAACAGCUGAAGUUAUUAAGGCAGAAGUUGCAGGAAAUUGGAAUCGACGGCACUGAUUGUUUACCUGGGCAGUACAAUGGUUUAGUUUGUCCAAGUUGUAAAGGCGGAGAUUCACAGGAGAAGAGCUUAUCUCUUCAUAUCACGGAUGAUGGGGGGGCAGCUGUGUGGACAUGCUUUCGGGCCAAAUGCGGGUGGAAGGGCACUACCCGUGCCUUUGCAGAUGUAAAAUCAACGUAUGCAAAAAUGAAUACGACCCAAAAAGUAAAGCAACCUAGGGUAAUCACAGAGGAGAGUCUGGGACUGGAACCUUUGUGUAAUGAGCUACUAGCGUAUUUUGCUGAGCGUAUGAUAUCCGGAGAAACAUUAAGAAGAAAUUAUGUCAUGCAGAAAAGAACAGGAAAUCAGAUUGUUAUUGCAUUCACUUAUCGAAGGAAUAAAGAGCUUAUAAGCUGCAAGUAUCGUGAUAUUACCAAAAAGUUUUGGCAGGAAGCCAAUACCGAAAAGAUUUUUUACGGACUGGAUGAUAUAAAGGAAGCGAGUGAUGUCAUCAUUGUUGAGGGUGAAAUGGACAAGCUUGCAAUGGAAGAAGCUGGCUUUAAAAAUUGUGUUAGUGUUCCUGAUGGUGCCCCUCCAAAGGUCUCGAAUAAGUCUUUGGCCUCUGAAGAAGAGGACACGAAGUAUACAUACCUAUGGAACUGCAAAGAUUAUACUGCAAAGGCGUCCCGCAUAAUUCUUGCCACUGAUGGUGAUCCUCCUGGUCAAGCCUUAGCCGAAGAACUUGCGCGUCGCUUGGGCAGAGAAAGGUGUUGGAGAGUUAAAUGGCCAAAAAAGAACGAUACCGAAUCUUUUAAAGAUGCAAAUGAGGUGCUUAUGUAUAUGGGUCCUGAUGCACUGAGAGGAGUUAUUGAAAAUGCCGAGCUUUAUCCGAUAAAAGGGCUGUUUAACUUCAAAGAUUACUUUGAUGAGAUUAAUGACUACUAUCAUCAAACACUUGGUUUUGAGCUUGGUGUUUCAACUGGAUGGACUUCUCUCAACGAUUUAUAUAAUGUUGUGCCUGGAGAAUUGACAAUUGUCACAGGUGUACCGAAUUCAGGCAAGAGUGAGUGGAUUGAUGCUCUAUUAUGCAAUCUCAACCAUAGCGUUGGCUGGAAAUUUGCACUUUGCUCUAUGGAAAAUAAGGUUCGAGAGCAUGCAAGAAAACUUUUGGAGAAGCAUAUCAAAAAGCCUUUCUUUGAUGUUAGGUAUGGGGAGUCAGUUGAAAGGAUGAGCACCAAAGAGUUCGAACGAGGAAAGAAGUGGCUCGGUGAUUCAUUUUCUCUAAUAAGGUGUGAGAAUGAUUGCCUUCCAAGUAUAACUUGGGUUCUUGAUCUUGCGAGAAUAGCAGUUUUGCGCCACGGUGUCAAUGGGCUCGUCAUCGAUCCAUACAAUGAAAUUGACCAUCAAAGACCGCCUAGUCAGACUGAAACAGAAUAUGUGAGCCAGAUGCUGACGAAAAUCAAACGAUUUGCUCAACAUCACUCGUGUCAUGUUUGGUUUGUUGCUCACCCAAGACAGUUGCAAAAUUGGGUUGGGAGUCCUCCGAAUUUGUACGACAUAAGUGGGAGUGCACAUUUUAUAAACAAAUGUGACAACGGAAUUGUUAUCCACCGUAACAGGGAUCCUGAAGCGGGCCCCGUUGAUAUAGUUCAGGUUUGUGUGCGGAAAGUACGCAAUAAAGUCGUCGGAACAAUUGGUGAUGCAUAUUUGUCUUAUAACAGGGUUACGGGGGAAUACAUGGAUAUUAACAACACGUCAGGCCAAAAUGGUAAAAGACAAUUUUAGCCUCUCGGCUAUUCAUACGGGCGUUAAUGCCGUUCAGCAUAAAAGCUUUGCAGCAAUAUAGAUGCUUAUAUAUGCUUUGUAAUAUCAUUAUUGGAUUUUUCGAUGUAAUUUAUGAGAAUAUAUUUAGGGUUCGAGUUAGGGUCGAUUUAUUUUUCGCUUGCCAGCCUAAUUUUGGGGGUUCAAAUUAUUGCGUAAUGUAUGUAAAUAUUCUGAGCUUGGUUUAUUAAGUGUUAGCUCAUGGUAGUUGUUAAGUUA